AUUAGUCGUGGCAUUAAUUUUAGCUGCGGAGAUUAUCAUAGAUUAUAAAGCUGAUGAGUUAUGGGAAGAUGGUCGAUUAAUAGCGACAACAAAAGUAAACAAAUCAAUAUUGAUGAAUUGUGGGACAAUGGAGGAUGGACGAUUGUUUAUUUUGGAGGAGAAACCGUUUCUAUUUGUGGGAAACUCUCUUGACUUGAUAAAGUGA